UGUUUAGUUUAUGGCAUGCGAAUUGGGUCGAUUAUGUCAUGGCGGGUUAGAUGUUUUCGGCAGUUGAUUUUAUUGAAUUUGUUUUGAAUUACGCCGUCAAUGAUCUCGUUUGAAACGCUGUCGUUUAAAAAUAAGCUUAUUUGUAUAUUAGUGACCUUUUUAUAAACUAUUCAAAUGCUGAAACGGUUGCAAAUGGGCCUUCGCGCGUUCAUGCUGCUCGCAUCAAAAGUAUGGAGUUGUUUUUGUUAUAUGUUUAAGAAGCAAUAUCGAGCGUUGGCUCAAUAUCAAUCCGUCAAAUAUGAGAUGUAUCCGCUUUCGCCCGUAUCUAGACACAGGCUGAGUCUAGUAAAAAGAAAAAUGCUGGUACUAGAUUUAGACGAGACGCUGAUCCAUUCACACCACGACGCGAUGCUGCGGCCGACUGUGAAACCCGGCACACCACCAGACUUCGUGCUCAAAGUUACGAUAGACAAGCAUCCUGUCAGAUUCUUCGUGCAUAAAAGGCCGCAUGUCGAUUACUUUUUGGACAUAGUAUCACAAUGGUACGAGCUGGUGGUGUUCACAGCGUCGAUGGAGAUCUACGGAGCCGCUGUCGCCGACAAACUCGACAACGGGAGAGGAAUACUGCGGCGGCGGUUCUAUAGACAGCACUGCACAGCAGAAAACGGUUCCUACACAAAGAAUUUGUCGUCCAUAUGUGACGACCUAAACAGGGUGUUUAUAUUGGACAACUCACCGGGCGCGUACCGGGACUUUCCAGACAACGCGAUCCCAAUAAAGUCGUGGUUCUCGGACCCGCUAGACGUGGCACUGCUGAACUUGCUGCCAGUGCUGGACGCGCUCCGCUUCACGCACGACGUGCGCUCCGUGCUCUCGCGCAACCUACAUCUGCACCGCCUUUGGUAGUGCACUGUCCUAUAAAAUACCGGCUUUUGUACAAAUAAUGGACGCCACAGGCCUCCUGAACUUAUUUAUUAUUUUGUCACUCGUUAGGCGGUUCAGCUUCUAUUCAUAUAGAUUUAAUAUAGUUGAAUAUUUUUUUUUAAGUUUUGUUUUUACGUAAAUAAAAGUGAUUAUCCGGUGCAAUGUACACACAAAAUGUGUAUGUUGGUAAGUUACCUACAUAAGUAGGGCGGAAGCGUUUUUAAAACGCUUUUUGUGUUAUUAUGAACAUGUAAGUGCAAGAAUGAGGGUGGGGUCUCACUGCGAGCGGUAGGAAAUGUUUAGAUGUUCCUAAAUUGAGCUUCAGUAGCGUUUUACCCUCACUACAAAACAAUUUCCCAGUUACUUUAGCUACUUAAAUAUGAAUUACAAGUCUAAUUAUCUAAUUUUCGUAUUAACGAUUUCCAUUGAGUUUUUCCAUGACAUUUAUUUAUUUUGAAACAUGAAUUGACUCGAGUCUCUCUUAGGUUCCAAAUAUAUUAUUAAACAAUUGGUACCUAAUCUUGAUGUGUUCAUUGUAUCCGCCUUUGAUGACACGAAUUAAAACAGUCGCCCUAGAACGUGUAGCUUGAAAUUCUUGAAAACUGCAAUAUUUCGUAUGAAAUAUGAUUUGAUAAGCUUCGUAACUUGCCUUAUACAUUUGAUUGCCUUCAAAAUUGUUAUCGAAAGUCGGGGAUAGGUAGAAGUAAUAUUGUUACGCCUCUGCUUACAGUGGGGCCACACAAUCUAUCGUUAUUUCUGUCUCUCUCGCUAGUAUAGCAAUAUGUGAGACGGGUGAACGUUAGGGCGUCAUUGUUGCACUUGUAGGGGCUGUCUCGAAAUCUUGACCAGUUUAAAAAAAGGGAAAUUAUGUUAUAUAAAAUGUUCGUAGGAGGUGUAUACUUAAAAUUGCAUGACUGCUGUUAUAAUAAAAAUUGUGUUGUGAAUUUUGAUAAGAUUUUCUGUUGAUUUAUAAUGAAAUUGUUCUAAAACAUUUACUCAUGUUGACGGUCACGUUUUUAAUCAGUUGUCUAGGACUGUCACUAGGUAAAAUGUAGGGUUUAACAUUUAGAUCAAAUAUUUUAGUGAAAUAAACAGCACUGAUAUGUAAUAUCUUCCAAAGUCUUUAUUCAUUCAUAUUUCUUGACAGCCCUGAAAUAAAAUCAUAUCUUUUUUUAGAAUUAUAAAAAGGUUUUAAAAGAUAUGGCCAUAAUUUGGUACCGGAGAUCUUUAAACCGAAUUUAGUGACCAUUAUUAUGGUAGUUCUUAUUUGAAGGAAAAUCAACCUUAUAAACAACUAAUAUAGUGUACAUAUUCAAGGUCGCACAUAAUUUAUCAAUUACGGUCAUAUCUCUUAAUUCUAUGAAACGUACUGCCCACCAAAAUCAAAGCUUGCGAUUGUGAACCAUUUUUCUUUUCUUUUUCCCCUCGUUUUUGUAAAUUUCAAAGUAAAAAUUACUUCUCUACUUCAUAUUACUGACUGCACCGCAAAAUCUGAUGUUGCCAGAUUAAAAAACAUAGAAGUAAAUUUUUACUUGGCAACAAAAACGAGGUGAUUUGCUCAAACAGUAACCUUUCUAAAUUAUUUGUACCAAUUGUUUAUUCGUCUAUGAAUUAUUGUACUUCAAUACAAAUAUAAAAUUAAUAACAAAGGAAUUCUUUAAGAUUAUAUGUGUUUUUAUUAAGAUAUUUGCCAUUUUCUUCGUAUUAGGAUAAUAUUGGUACAAAUAAUUUUAAUAAUCUUCCAGUGAAAUUACAAAUGUAUGUAAAUAUUAUAAUUUUUAAUGGACAGUCUUGCGUGAUUUGCCUAUUUUUGAACGCGCAACGUUGAUCUCCUAGUUUUAGUUCUAUCUUUACCGAUAACGCCUUUAUGAACGCCGAGGUUCAACUGUCAACUUUAAAUCUAUUGAUUUUGAUUUCAUUUUGCAACUGAACAGAUCAUUGGCAAUAUUCUCCGAGAAUAAUAAUAAUUAAUAGAUUGUUUGAAGCAAAAAUGCUUGAAAACUACGCUUUAUGUGCAUUUUAUAUGGAAGAUACUUAGCUGUAUAAUACUUCUAAAUGUGUCCAUAUAAUGUGCAGUUUAACCCCAAUACGGCAAACUAACCUUAACAUCAAAAUUAUUGAAAUAAAUUUAAACUUUAUUGCAAAACAAUAAGGUUAAUAUUUUAUUCAAAAUCUUGUCAGAUUAAGGUAGUUUACUAAAGUAAAGCGUAGUUUAAAAGAGAAACAAGAAUAUUCUAAACAAUAAUUAUUAAUUUAAAAAUCGGCAAAUCACUAAAGGCGCGGUUACACCGACGUCUAACUCGGUGCAGUGUGACGCGCCCUAAGUCUUUGUAAGUCACACGUGCUGUGAACCUCUAAUGACAAUAGGAUAGUGGUACAUAAACUAUCAGGUACAAAUGUAUGCCGAAUCAUUUACGAUUGAUAUUUUUUCGGUUUUUCGUUAAAACGCUUCAUAAAGUACUCUAAUUGCUAUACUCAGAGACAUUUAAUGAUUACUUAAACUAUUCCUUAGUAACAAUUUUGUUCCAAAAACAAUUGCUAAGGACUGGCUUAAGUAACCAUUAAAUGACUCUGAGUGCGGCGGUAAAUUUCAUUUUGCUGAGGGCCUAGUGCUAGUUUUGUUUUUGCGUCAACGUUACUGCGUCUAGCCUUUUGAUUGGUUGGUUAAUUAGAGCUAGCCAAUCAGAGACAUGAACGUCAUAAAUGUGCCGCGUUAAUGUCAAACAAAUUCGCACUAGGCCUUCUGGUUUUCUUGUAUUAUACUUCUGGUGACUGAAUACUCCAAAUUUUUGUUUUGUAUUUUCAAACUGGCUUUUCCAAGUGACUUUGUGAAGCGAAUUAAGAAAGCGAAUGUUUCAGUCUUGUUCGUGAAUAAUUUGAAACUGUUUCAAUUAUAGAAUGUUUUGGCAUAUUCUUAAAAAAUAAUUUGAAAGGCCAAAACUUUCUAUAGUUUUAAUAGUGAUGGAUUGUUUAUGAAUAAGAUUAUUAGAGUUUUAAAACAUGUUAUAUCUACGUCGAGACUCGGCAAGUCUUAGUUUAAUCCCAUUAAAUCGUGUAUAAUGAUUAGUUUAUAUCGAAUUGUUUCUAUAUAGAAAUAAAUCUUCUUUUUAAACCAAAUAGUUGAGAUAAAAUAGUUUUUAGUCAUUAAAAAAAUAUGAAAAUCUGUUAGGACUCAUUUAAUGGUGGUGUGUUUUUGCAAAAACUUAUUUGUAAACAGUAAAAGUUAGUAAAAGAUUUUUCACUUUUAUUAAAAAAAAUACUGUAAAAUAUUCAAAUGGUUCACGCCUAUAUACGCAAGGUAAACAACUUCAGAUGAGACGAUAAAUUAAAAAUAAUGAAUUUUGUAUUUUGACUUUUUUUGUUUGUUUUUGCAAAAAUCACAGUAGCCCUGAAAACGGACUGUUUACUAAAUUAUCAUACUUUGUCUAGAAUCGUGAUGCGUUUAAACGGUAUAUUGGUUGAUCAGCUAUACCUUAUUUUAGUUUAUAAGGUUGAUUAUUCAAUAAUUGUGUAAUAUUAGAACGGGUGUUAUCAAGUUUUAAAAGGUUUCGCCGCGCCGGCAACUUGUGUAUGAGGGAGACACGUCUUUGCGGAGUUACCGACGACUGUCGUAAUAUUUUAAAGAUCAGGACUUUAGAGAUACUAUAACAGAAAAACAGUCAUAGUUUUACCUAGAAAACUAAUCCUUAGAAUAUUGUGACACAGUUGUAACUGGCAACAGAAAUAAUGAAUUUGUGGACGUAAAGUCAUAACCACGUGUUCAUAGACCACGUGACUCCCCAACAUACAUCUCGGCCUCAACAAAUUACUUAAAUCUUAUCAAGAUAUUGUUAAUUAAGUUUGUAAUAACUAGUGUGCCCGAAACAGGGCCAUUUAAUGCAAUUUUUUUCAUGUACAUAAUAUACUUUAUGUGUAGCAUAUCAUAGAUCCAUUUUAAAAUCCACAGGGUGAUUCGUUUUACAGUGAGAUUAAAAAAUGUAAUUUUCUGUUGACAACCCAGUGAGAGAUGAUUCAAAUGUUUUGUAUGAAAAUGAGAUCUAACAAUGACGAGACUAAGUUACCAUUUACGGAAAAUAAUUAUAAAGCACUUGCACUCAUAUAAAUGUAUCCAGCAAACACUACUGAAUAUUAUAAGAUGCUUAUUUCAAUAGUAUUUCACAGACACGCACAUGCACCGAUCAAGAAAUCAAUGACAGUAAAAGAAAUGAUAAAGUAACUCAUACAAAACAUUUGAAAUAUUGAAGCUACCUGAGUUAUUGUAUUCACAAACACAUAGCACAAUUUAUAACUAUCGAAUACAAUCCAAAAUUAAGUGUUAUUUUUUCUAAAAAUAUUCCCAAUCAUCCUUUAUUUGUAAAUACCGAAAUGGCGAAGGCGCAAGGACACGAUACAACCAAUCAUAGGAAUUUCCAUGUAAAAUUGUAACGGAACAUAUGAAAUAUGAAUCUAAAGUCGUUUUUAAAUAUUUUAAACUAUUGUGCCAUUAUAACGAACAGUAUUUCAGAAGUAUUUUUCACUAUUUAGAAUUUAAUGUGGUGUCAAAUUGUUAUAGCAAAAGUAAUCAUUUUUUUAUAUGAAAUGCUUGUAAUAGAAUUUCCAUUGUAAAGCUACAUGUGUGUGUAUAUUAAAUAAUUCAAAAGCGAAGUACUUAAUACUUCUAAAUGGUGAUGUGGUUAAAAUAUUUAAAUACGGCAGUGAAAUUUGAUAAAACGUGUACUGUCUAUUCUAUAUAGAAACAUGGACACGCCAGUAUUGGCGAAUUAAAAAUAUUAAACCAUAAUAUUGCGGUCUCAACUGGUUGUUCAAAGUUCAAAAGCGAUUUGUAAUAUAGAAAUAUUAAAUCGAUUUCAACAAAGA